AUGGGGAACCCCCGGGGUCCCCAGAUGGCCCAGGAGAGAGGGGCAGGAGGGGAGGAGCCCAAAGACCCUGAGAACCAGGGAGUCGGGGCUGAUGUGAUGAGGGGACCUGGGGGUAACGGGGACCUGGGAGCUGAGGGGGACCUGGGGGGGCGGCCUGGGAUUGGGGCUACCGGCCCCCCCAAUCUGCCUGGGGCUUUACGGUGGGGUCUGGACGAAAGUCGCCAGGGGAUUGGAACACAAGGCCCCCUCCCCUGCAGCUUUGCUCUGGCCGUGUCCAACAAGACGGUGAAUCUCACGGAAGGCUUUCCUUACAUCAGCCUCUGUGGAUCUUUCCCCCCUCAGAGCUGCAUUUUCAGCCAGUUUCUGAACAUCGGGGCUGCCAUGGUGGCCUGGAUCUCCGUCCUGCGAUACGUCCAGUUCCGGGAAUGGGGCAUCCCUAAGUUUCCCAACCGCCUGUGUCUGGGCUCGGGCUUCCUCUGUGCCUUGGGGGCCUCCAUCGUGGGCAACUUCCAGCAAACCAACGAGCUCUCCAUGCAUCUCUUUGGGUCCUUCCUGGCCUUCGUGGUGGGCAUGGCCUAUUUCUGGACCCAGCUGGUGCUGCUGCGCCUGGCCAAGCCUCGGGCCCAGCCUGGCGCCCCCUGGAUCGAGCCCCUGCGCCUGCUGCUCUGUGGGCUCUGCACGGCCCUCAUGGUGGCCAUGAUUGUGCUGCACUUCUGGCCCAGGCGCUCCGAGGCGGCCGUGUGCGAGUGGUCCACGGCCAUGCUGCUCUUCGUCCUCUUCGGCCUCCUGGCCGUGGACUUUUCUGACGCGACCGGCUUCGCCAUCAGCCUGCAGAGCAGGCCCCGCUCCUGCCCCUCGGGGGCUGCCCACCUGCCUUCCCUCUAGCCUCCCGCUCCGCCGCGGUCCCCUCGUUCCCGAUCCCCGAGGUGGCCGACGGGAGCUCCCCCUUCAACUCCGGCCCUGCCCUGGGCCUCGGUGCACUGACCUCUGACCCGAGCCUGGCCCGAGACCACAAGGGAAGCUGAAGGGCUGCUCUCGUCUCCUGGGCGAGGGUUUGG